CAAUACAAAUUCUGCCCCUCACCUAGAUUUGCCCGAAUCGGUAGGCUACUAUCUCCAACAGUAGUCUAUUUUUACAGUUACUUUUCAUUUUUAAUAAUUUAAUCUUAAUGGAUCGAUACAUAUUUAUUAUUGUGUUAUUAGCGUGUGUUCUGCGGGCCGUGAGGUGCUACAGCUCCGGAAAGGUGACUGGGGCGUGUGACAAUAUGACACCGCAACACAAAAAAGGCGCACAGCAAAGCCCCGCUCCAUUCUCUGUCACCACUGACCGGUUCAGCUUUAAGGAGGGCGAUGAAAUCAUAGUCAAGCUCCUGGCAGCUUCCACUCCAUUCACUGGGUUUAUGUUACAAGCCAGAGAGGUUGGAGGAAGCAGUCCUCUGGGAUCCUUCACUGUAACAAGUGGAGAGGCCCAGCCACUCACCUGCAACGGACUACCUGGCCGGAUCGAGGAACGGGAAUGCAGACGCGCUGUCCCGGCGCGACCAAGACGGUGCGUCUGGCGCCCGACCCUCCGGUUCGGUCCUGGGGGGGAUGGUAUGUGGAAGGACCACCAGAGGGCAGGCUGGGCUCAUGGAUAGUAGCCCAACAAGGCAUGGGAGACAAGAAUUCUGCAAUUUCUCACACAUCAAGUUCACCUAAAUCCUCCAUCCAGGGAAUAUGGAGGGCCCCCACAUCAGGCAACCUCAACUCCAUCCAAUUCAGUGCCUCCUUUGUAAAAGAUUACUCCACCUUCUGGGUUGGAGUGAGAAGUUCUCCAGUCACAUACAACAUCGCUGCUGCACCCCCAGCUAGCAGCACAUCCAUUACCUCUACUGCCUCCUCAUCCUCAGAAGUUUCCAACUCCAGCACUGGAUGUGACAGCACUAAGGUCUGUUUCAGCCAACCUCUGAACUGUGACCCUGGGGUCAGCCCAGACUGUUACUUCCUGUCUGCUAUGACCUCUCUCGGUGACACAGCCAUCCAGUUGGAGAUGACCGGCCCUUCAGAUGGCUACAUCGCCAUUGGCUUCUCAGAUGACCAGAGGAUGGGAAAUGAUGACAUCUAUAUUUGUGGACGGGACAGUGGCGGACUCAUCCAAUUGCAACACGCCUUUUCAACAGGAAGGAAGACACCAGAGAUACUUCCUCUGGGAAAUGUUUCUGAUGUUAAAUCCUCAGUGAAUAAUAGUAUCAUUAGCUGUUCCUUCACGACUAGGAACCCCAUUUCAACUCAGCGAUCCGGAGGGUCCAGUUCCCUCUACUAUCUCAUGAUCGUUCACGGGCCCUCCAAUAAUGGGAAAAUCGGCCCUCAUACUGGCACCUUCAUCAGUGACACUAAAGUGGAUAUUUCAAGUCCUCAAAUUGUUACAAGUGAAAAAGAGCCACCUAUUAUUAAAGCACAUGGUUCCCUGAUGUUGAUAGCGUGGAUGACCACGGGUAGUUUGGGAAUGAUCAUAGCCAGGUAUCUGAAAGGUGUGGCCAAGGGGAAACAUUAUUUUGGGAAAGAUGUUUGGUUUCUGGUGCACGUGUUUCUUAUGACACUCACUGUUGCCGCCACCAUCAUUGCCUUCAUUUUGGCCUUCUCAGAAGUUGGAGGCUGGAGUGGGGGAGUCCAUCCUGUGUUGGGCUGCAUCGUUAUGAUCCUGGCCUUCUUCCAGCCAAUCGGUGCCAUGUUCCGAUGUGGACCUCAUCAUCACUUGCGAUUCUUAUUCAAUUGGUCGCAUGCUUUGAAUGCAGUGGCAAUAAAAGGUUUAGCUGUGGCAGCCAUCUUCACUGGGCUGUCGUAUUUUAGCACCUCUGAGGAUAGUUGGCUUCUGAAGGUGAUGGGUGGGUUUGUUGGAUGGGAGGCAACGAUGUACAUCCUGCUAGAAUUCCACAUGCGCUGGAAGCGCAAUGGUGAGAUCAAAUACAUAAUGAUAUCGAUUAAAUGCAGGUUGAUGAUAUAUAGCCCCCCUAUAAUAUUGUUAAAUGCAGGUUGAUGAUAUAUAGCCCCCCUAUAAUAUUGUUAAAUGCAGGUUGAUGAUAUAUAGCCCCCCUGUAAAUCUUUAAUAUAUCUCAAUGUACAGUAUAUUUUAAAUAAUUGUAUAUUUGUUUGUUGUCAAAUGUUUUAAAGUAACUGUCCAUUGAUUGAGGAUCGAAUGUGAUCAGAUUGUCAAUUUAUACAGUAUCCCUCCAUAUAACUAUGACAGACUUUCCACGAGGACGGGCAUAUUGGAAAUGUAACCAGGGUUUAUAGACUGACACAACUUUCUUGACAAAAUGUAAGGAAUUCUUAACAGACUUUCUUGCACAAUACAGGUUCAGUGGACACAAUUAUUGUACUGGAUGCGUUUAAAUGUACCUUUAGGGGCCAUUGAAUUCAAUUGUCAUCCCAAAAAUGGUAUUGGUCAACAGAGAAAAGAAUUCCAACAGAAAUAGAACAUUUAACAUUACACAGUGGUGUUGAAUGUACUUCAUAAUCACUGAAUAAUCUAGACACUUAACAAAAGGAGGAAUUUAUUCAUGAAAGACCGGGUUUAAAAAAUAAAAUUACCAGAGCAAAUUCAAUAUAGAAACCUGACCAAAAAGAACCUACAGAAAAAGUUACAAACGAUGGAGAAAUCCUUCACACCAAAG